GGAAGUAGCAGCAGCAGAACCCAGAGAAUCGGGGGAAAAGCGAAGAAAGUGGAGGCGACCCUGAAGGUUUCCUGGGAAGUCUUAGUUGUAGCCGCCAUGACCUCCCUACAAGCCAAGAAGGAUCCGCUCCUCCGGGGUGUAUCUCCCACUCCUAGCAAGAUUCCGGUUCGCUCUCAGAGACGCCCGCCUUUCCCCACAGUCAAAUCGUGCGUCUUGGACCAGGAAAAUCAAGAUCCAAGGAGAUUGGUGCAGAAGCCACCGCUCAGUAUUCAACGUCCCCUCGUUGACUCAGCAGGCGCCAGGUUGAAAAUCACGCAUCAAACAGAGAAAUCACAAAGAUCGAUGGGUCACACUCAGCUCCGGAACCCCUUGGAAGAGCUUAGAUCUAGCCCUAGGAGACAAAAUGUGGGUCCUGGGCUCCCUCCCCAGACAGAGGUUCCAGGGGCCAUAGAGUUUGUGACUGACCCUGCAGCUCUGGCCACCAUCCUGUCAGGUGAGGGGGUGAAGAGCUGUCCCCUGGGGCGCCAGUCCAGUCUGGCACAGAGAGUACUGGUUCGAGGGAGCCAGGGAGGCACAACCCGGAGGGGCCAGGGUGCUCGGGCCUCUGCAUACUUGGCCCCCAGAACCCCCAUCCACCAAUUAGACCCUGCCAGGGCUUCAUGCUUCUCAAGGCUUGAGGGACCAGGACCCCGAGGCUGGACUUUGUGCCCCCAGAGGCUAGAGGCUUUGAUUCCACCUUCAGGACCUUCCUUUCACACCACCACCCGUCCCAGUUUACAGGAGCUAAGAAGAGAGACAGGUGGCAGCUGCCGAACUUCAAUCAACCAGGCCUCAGGAUUGCACCUGGAAACCCCAAUGCAGGCAGGAGAACCUGAGGUUAUCCCUAACUCAGAUGAAGGAGGAGGGGCCCUCCUGGGUCUGGCCCAGCGAGUACCAUUAAGAGAAACCCGAGAGAUAAUACAUACCAGGGACAGCCAUGAUGCUCACCUGAUGCCCUCCCCUGCCCAGUCCAUUCCUGGCCCUGUGAUACCACCUUCUGUCACUGGCCUAUCACCCUUUGGACAGGCUCAGCGUGUACCCUCUCCUGCUCUUCCAGUUGUGACUUCACAUUCAGUGUUGCGUCGCCUCGUCAUUCGACCCAAAACCCAAUUCACACCCAUCCCAUCAGCCCCCAGAGUUCAUCAGGCCCGAUGGUUGAGUGGCCUCUCCCCUCAGUCCUGCCCUGAAGAGACUGCCCUGCCCUGGGAACAGAUUGCAGUACGUUUGUUUGAUCAGGACAGUUGUAUAAGAUUGCAGGAGGGGACUGGGAAACCACCUGUGGCAAGUUCUUCUGGACCUCACCCCAACAGGACCCUCAACCUCCAAAAGCUAAAGAUACAGCGCAUCAAUAUCCUGCAGCAGUUGUUGCGACAGGAGAUAGAAGGACUGGCAAUGGGCAAGUACACUCCUUUAAAUGGAUCCUCCUCUCUGGAUAUUGCUGAACUUCAGCCCCUGCUGGAUGAGAUUUCUAGAACUCUGAAUGGCCCAGAGCAUAAUUCUGGGACAUCCCACCUUCCUGAAUUAUCACAGCACUCUGGGAUUCCAGAGCCCAUCCUUUCAGAGGAGUGUGAGGAACCACAGUCCUGCCCUGAGACAGAGCCUGAGGUGGCACAGUCCUGCCCACCAAUAGACCCAGGCCCCCCAGAGUCCUGCUGCAGGACUGAACUAGAGAUACCAGAGACUUCCUUCCAGGAACAGCCUGAGAUACCAGAGUCGUGCCUUCCAGCAGAGCCUGGACCCUUGCAACCCAGCCCCCAGGGGCAGACUGGAUCCCCAGAGACUUGCCCUAAGGUAGAGCUGGAGGUUUCAGAGGCCCGCUCCCUGGAACCUGGAAGCCCAGAGUCCAGCCCAUGGCCCUGCUACAGUCAGGGGGCUCCUGCAACCACCAGCCUGACCUUCUCUUCUCAACACCCACUUUGUGCCAGCCUCCCUAUCCAUUCACUCCAGUCUCUGAGGCCCUUGGCAGGCCAGGCAGGCCCUAGCAAUCUGGCCCCUCGGACACUGGCCCUGAGGCAGCGCCUCAAAGCAUGUCUCUCCACCAUUCACUGCUCUCAUGAGACUUGCUUGGAUGAUGAGUGUGCCUUCUACACCAGCCGAGCCCCUCCCCCAGGACCCACCCGGGUCUGCACCAACCCUGUAGCCACAUUGCUUGAGUGGCAGGAUGCCCUGUGUUUCAUUCCAGUUCAUCCUGCAGCCCCUCAGGGCUCUCCAUCAUGAGGCCCCUCCCUCCACCUACUCCAGUCCUGCCAACCUCACCCCCCUUUCCUUUAGCCCUUAUUUAUUGUUGGUCUGCCCAUGGGAUUGGGAGCCAACAUCCUUUUGUCCUUCAAUAAAUUUUCUAAAGUGUCCAAA